CGGAUCCUCAGCCGACUUAUUUAGCAGAGUGAUCGCAGAGCUCCAGAUCUGAAACAUGAGCGCCUUCGUGACUCUCUCUACGGGACAGAAGAUGCCCGUGGUCGGCCUUGGCACAUGGAAGAGCGCUCCAGGCCAGGUGAAGCAGGCUGUGCUGGCAGCGAUAGACUGUGGGUACAGACACAUCGACUGUGCUGCUGCCUACAGCAAUGAACAGGAGGUGGGAGACGCUCUGGCUGCCAGGGUCGGUCCAGGGAAGGCUCUGCGUCGUGAGGAUGUGUUUAUCACAUCCAAACUGUGGAACACCAAACAUGAACCAGAAGAUGUAGAGGAAGCGUGCAGGACCAGUCUGGCCCACCUGGGUCUGUCCUACCUGGACCUGUACCUCAUGCACUGGCCAAUGGCAUUUCACAGGGGGAAAGAGCUGAUGCCUCGGCGAGAAGAUGGCAGUAUUUGUUACUCUAACACUCACUACAGAGAUACCUGGGCGGCCAUGGAGAACCUGGUGGAUAAAGGUCUCGUCAGAGCUAUAGGACUGUCCAACUUUAAUGCCAGACAGACUAAUGACAUCAUCAGCAUGGCCAGGCACAAACCUGUGGUGAACCAGGUGGAAUGCCAUCCUUACAUGACUCAGGCAGAUCUCCUGUCUCACUGCCGGUCAGUGGCGGUUUGUGUGACAGCAUACAGUCCACUGGGCAGUGGAGACAGACCCUGGGCCUCUCCUGGUGAACCAACUCUGCUUCAGGAUCCUCGACUAGAAGUCAUUGCCCAGAGGAACAACAAGACCCCUGCUCAGGUCAUACUCAGGUGGCACAUUCAGCGAGGCGUCGUGUGUAUACCUAAAAGCGUGACACCCUCCAGGAUCCAGCAGAACCUGCAGGUGUUUGACUUCUCCCUGUCAGAGGACGACAUGAAGCUGAUUGAAUCCUUCAACCGCAAUGAGCGCUUCAUCGUCCCAGCUGUGGAGAGAGAUGGCAAGAGAGUGUGGAGGGAUGCAGAACAUCCUCAUUUCCCCUUCCAUGAUGCUUACUGAGGAGAUACACAAAGAAAGCAAAGUUUUCUUUUUAAGGAUGGUUGUAACAUUGGAGAAAUGUAAAGACAACAUAACAACAUAAUAUUUCAAUUUUCCUUUAUAUAUCCUUGAUGGUAUGAAUGACACUCAUUAAAUGAUUUUAAAUCACUUAGUCUGCAAAGAAAGUUGCUUGAAAAUUUUACUUUACCCUUGAUUCUAAAGUGAAACUGCAGUGAGGACAGAAAAUUAUUUGUCAUUUCCUUCACUGUCACAGCGACACCCUGUGGCCAGCAAGAGAACUGCCUCUGCACUUUCGUGAGUUUUGAUCAAAUGGUGUCCAGUUCUUUCAGAGAUGAAAUAUUAAAAGGAGUGGCAUCUUUAUCAAAAUAAAAAAAAACUUUAAAUUACGAUUCAGUUAUGGUCAGAACCUAAAAAAAAAAAAUCUUAACGUUCUUUUUAGUUUUCAAAACAGAAUUAGCAAUUAUGUUUAAGUACACAUAAGCAGACUAGCAUGCAAUGUCCUUUGGUCUAAACAAGACAAUUUAUAUCUCAAAAUCUAAAAAUGAACCUACCACAGGAUAAUUAUGUGUGCAUCAUUAAUGUUAAAAGAGCAGCUCAAAAAAAUUAUCAUUAAAAAAAGUUUAUUUUCCCUGUGAUUUGAUUCAAGAAGUGAAACUUCUAUGUGUUCUAGAGUCAUCUCGUAAAAAUUAAAACAUUUCAUGACUUUUUAUUCUUCAUGAUUACAGCUCUCAAAAAUCAAAAAUCCCCCUCUUCAAAAUGUUGGAAUAUCACAAAACAUUAGUCAGAUAAAGGAAAUACAGAAAUGGUGACCUUCUUGAAAAUUAUGCUCAAUUAUGUACGCAGUAAUUUGUUGGAGCAGCCUUCAGCUCAUCUGUAUUGUUAAGUCUGGUGUCUCUCAUCUUCCUCUUGACAUUUCCCCAGAGAUUCUCUAUGGGGUUCAGGUCAGACCAGUUGGCUGCCCAAUGAAACACAUUAACACCAUGGUCAGGUGCUAAGUCCUGCUGGAAAAGGAAAUCAGUGUCUCUGUAAAGCUUCACAGUACAUGGAGCAUGAUGAGCUCUAAAAUCUCCUGGUAGGCGUCUUACAGCUUUGACUCUGGACUUGAUAAAGCACAGAGGACCGACACCAGCAGAUGACAUGGCACCUCAAACCAUCGCUGAUAGUGAAAACAGAAACCACAGGUUGUGAAGUUCCACUAAGUUUAUGAAUCCGCUGUUUGACAAUCCUCUGAAGGCUGAGCUCAUCCCUGUUGUGUGUGCACCUUCUCUUAUCACUUUUCCCUUCCAGUCAACUUUCCAUGAAAAUGCCUUGAUUCACCCCCUGAGAAUUGCCUGCCUUUUCAGUGGUGACCUUCUGUGGCUUAUACUCCUUAUGGAGAGUCAGGGAUAGUCUUCUGGACAAAAGCCAAGUCUUCCCCAUGAUUGUGGUUUUGUACUGAGCCAGACUAAGAAUGAUUGCGCAGGAAACCUUAACAAAUUGGACUUUACCAUGAUAUUCUGUUAUUUUUCGAUAGUGGACUUUUGAUUUUGUGAGCUGUAAACUGUUAUCAUCAAGAUUAAAACAAAAAAAAGUCUUUAAAUAUUUCAUUUUGUAUGAGAUGAAUCAAGAAUAUAUGGAAGUUUCACCUCU